AUGGCCUGCGCCAUGUGUUUAUUUGCAACGCUUCUGUGCAUAAUGACCGUCGCCAGCAUAGGUCUCCUUGUGUAUUUGGCCUAUGAAUACUCCAAACAUAGCACGGACAAUUGUGAUGUGCCAUUGCAGCUUUGGGUGCAGGUUGUUUCAUUAACUGCACUCUUCAAUUUGGCGUGUAACCAACAUGAUCGGUAUGGCACCUUAGGUGCCAGGAUCUUCUGCGGCUGGUCCUUCGACCCGGAGAAUCCUGAACGUCCCCCGUUCAGGGUGCAGUUUUACAACAUGCUUAUUCCUAGCUUUACAGCAUUGUGGAACUGUGUCGGUCUAUACUGGGUGAGCAAAGCGCACGAGCCUAGAGAUGGAUUCCACCCAGGUGGCAAUAGCACGGUGCACCUGCCGGAGGAAAAGAUUUCGCGUUGUACUGAGGUUGCCGCAGGCUUAUUGUCGGCUGUACGUGCAUAUGCGGGCUUCAACCUGAUGUAUUCCAUGUUCAUCCUCAUCGGGGUGGCGGGCCUCUCCCAACUGCUGUACUUCCUGGCCAGGAGAGGUUUCUUUCGCGUCAGUGAUGCGGCGCCCCCCGGCAGCUUGGAACGAAACACGGAGGUGGGACCAGGGAUGGUGGAGCCGAGUGGCAGUUGGGAAGUGGGCUUGGACGAUCCCGCCAUCGUGGACCAUCCGCAGUGCCCUAUCUGCCUAGAGGACUUUGGUGAGAAUGAAGUCCUGGUGAAGACGUGGCUUGACAUGGUCACAUUUUGA